CCCCACACCCAAAUUGAUCACAAAAAUGGGUAAUUACAAAUUGAGAUUGUUGGACAUGAUCCCCAAGGCCUGGUUCAACAACAAGCGCACACCCAACCCCAACAAGAAACACCUAUCAUCACCGCCGGAUUUCACCAAUUCCGACCACCGAAAUUCUUACUACUUCACUAGAGACCUCACCCCACUCCCCAAUUUGCAACGGCGGCGGCGGAGCAUGAAGCGGAACCGCCGCCCACCGCCACUCCCUUCCCGCCAUAUCUCCGCCUCUGAGUCAACGACUCAGGGCUCAAACUCUGCCUCGUCCGAGCUAGACUCUGUCCUCACAGAGUACGGCUCGGACAUACUUAGCAGUUGCAGGGGCGAUGAUCAGUAUCUUCGCUCCAGCCUCCCGCCAAUCAUCACGAAGAAGAAUGAGGCGGCGGCGGCGGCGGAUAAAGAGGACAGCCCGGCGAGGAGGCUGCCGCAGGGGAUGAAGCUCCGUGUGAAUUCGCCGCGGAUCAGGGCGGCUCAGAGGCGGCGGAGCGUGUCGUCGUCGAAUUCGAGCAUAUCGGAGAGCUUGGCGGUGGUGAAGGUGUCGAAGGAUCCGCGGCGAGAUUUCAAAGAAUCAAUGGUGGAGAUGAUUUUGGAGAACAACAUAAGGGCGUCGAGUGAUUUAGAAGAAUUGCUUGCUUGCUAUCUCUCUCUCAAUUCCGAUGAAUAUCAUCAUCUUAUUAUCACCGUCUUCAAACAGAUUUGGUUUGACUUUCUUCAUCGUCGCCUUUAUUAAACUAUUUCCGUUUCUAUAUUUUAUUAUACAUAUUUCAAUUAUGUGCAUAUUUAUGCAACUAUUAUUAUUAAUAAUUGAGGUUAAUGAAAUAUUUAAACAGUGUCUAAAUAUUCACAGUUGAGAUUCAUAAAUAAUUUUGAAGGUUUGAGAUAAAUUACCUGAUGCGGUUAUACUAUGGUUAAAAUUUUUAAGGUUUUUGGUUUUUAA